AUGUUUACUGGAAGACAGGAACGAAAUUAUACAGGUCAAUCGCAAAUGAAAAGUAAUAACGGGCGAGAGAAAAGUAACUUUACGUGUCAAGUUUGUAAAGUACAACCUGGACACUUACUUAAUAAUUGUCCUGUUUUUAAGGAAAAAACACCUAGUGAGCGCCAUAAAAUUAUAAAGGAACUGAAUAGGUGUUUUUGUUGUUUUAGUGCGCACAGGGCUAGUGAAUGCAAAAAUCCAAAAACUUGUUCCGAAUGUGCUGGGCGACAUCACACUAUGUUACACCUUUCUACAUCUGAAGAAACCGUUACCGCUGCUCAUGUAACCUUAGCCGCUUCCGAAACAAAAGGUUUUCGCACAUCCGUUCUUUUAGCCACAGCUUCAGUAAUCAUUUUUAAUGUUCAGGGUAUACCUGUUACCGUAAGAGCCUUGUUAGACUGUGCCAGCCAAAGUAGUUUCAUAACCGAACGGUGUGUACAUCUCUUGGGAAUCCGGCGAGAAAAGCGUGAUAUUACUGUACAAGGCCUAUCGGGCCUACAAGUACCUGUAGUUAAAGGAAGUGUUAACAUUGACAUUUGUCCAGUAGGUUUGUCUGAACCUAAACUUAAUAUCGAUGCGUUAAUAUUAAACCGUAUAACUGGCCCUUUACCAUCGGAGCGUGUGUGGAAUGAUAAUUGGUCUCAUUUAAAUUACUUAACCUUAGCAGAUCCCGAUUAUGCCAAAUCUUUACCGGUAGAUAUUUUAUUAGGCGCGGAUGUGUUUCCGCAGCUUCUUACCGGCCAAAAGAAAGAAGGUAAAGAUGGAGGACCAAUCGCCUUAUCUACUGUCUUUGGCUGGGUAUUAAUGGGAAAAACCUCCACUACGAAUGAUAGAAAAAUUGUCACCAUGUGUUCAACUCUUGAAUCCGUCAAUGAUACACUACAGAAAUUUCUAGAAGUCGAGGACGUACCCACCAUUGAAAAGUGUAAUCCAGAGGACCAAGAAUGUGAACAGAUUUACAAAUCGACUACAACAUGUCAAGCAGAUGGUAGAUAUGUUGUACACUUACCCUUUAUAAAAUAUCCACCCCUUCUUGGAGAAUCAAAAGAACAAGCUUUACGUCGCUUAUGUAAUUUGGAAAGUAGAUUUUCAAAAAAUCCAGAAUGGCGUGAAAGUUAUAAUAAGGAAAUGCAAAAUUAUUUGGACAACAAUCAUAUGGCUAAGUUAGAACAGAGUUCAGUAAGUAACAAAACUGCUUACUAUAUUCCUCAUCACGCAGUUAUUAGACCUGAAAGUACUACCACAAAAAUGCGUAUAGUCUUCGACGCCUCGGCAAAAACAUCUUCGGGUAUGUCACUCAAUGACAAUCUUCAUUGCGCCAAGGAUGAAGCUGGCGACGAUGAAAUCAUCAAAACCAUUGUUCAUCAUGACAUUUAUGUUGACGAUCUAGUGACAGGUGCGAAUAGUGUAGAAGAAGCUAUCGAACUACAGCAGAAGCUCGUCACGUUGUUUAAACGAGGUCAAUUUGAAUUGAGAAAAUGGUCAAGCAACUCGAAAGAAUUAUUAGCUCAUAUUCCAUUGGAGCACCAACAAACCCAUCCAGUUACGUUUAAUGAACACGAAUCAGAAAUUAUACACGUUCUUGGAUUAAAUUGGGAUCCAAAAGUUGAUGUUCUCAGCUAUAAGUAUAGACCAAAUGCAGUAAAAUUUAGUUUGUCUGAACCUAAACUUAAUAUCGAUGCGUUAAUAUUAAACAGAUAUUCGACAGAUUUGAAAAGAUUAAUGAAGUACCUUUGCUUAAUAAAAGUAGAUUGGGACGAGCCGAUACCAGAAGAGGCAGCCAUUGCGUGGACUCAAUAUCAUCAAGAACUACCUAUGCUCACCUCCUUACAAAUUCCACGCAUUGUAAUACAUCCUAACGCUAAGUAUGAGCUUCAUGGAUUUAGUGACAGCUCAGAAGCCGCGUACGCAGCCGCUGUUUACUUACGGAUUGACACAGGAACGGAAGUCAUUUGUUACUUACUAAUGGGAAAAUCAAAAAUCGCCCCAGCUAAAAAACUAUCUAUACCAAGAUUAGAAUUAUGUGGUGCUUGGCUGUUAGCUCGUCUCUUAACAUUUGUACAGAGAAAUCUAACAUCUAUUAACGUCAUGAAAUCUACAGCGUGGACCGAUUCUACUGUUGUGCUUUCUUGGAUAAGAAGUUCAACCGAUACUAUAAAAACAUUUGUGGCUAAUCGAGUUGCCAAAAUUCACCAACUUACUCCCAUUGAUAUUUGGCGACAUGUACCAACGACAGAUAAUCCUGCUGAUUGCGCGUCACGUGGUUUAGGACCAAAGGGUCUGGUCAGUCAUAAUCUCUGGUGGACCGGUCCCUCAUUUCUGCACCAAGAUAGUAGUGAGUGGCUUGAAGAAAGUGUGUUCAGUUUUAACAGCGACCCCGAAGUCAUGAUUGAAGAAAAACCGAUUUCACUUUUUUCUCAAGUACAAGAAACAGAUCUUCGUUUACUUUAUCAAUCAGAGAACUUACCAAAAAUUUUGAGGCUCACAGCUUAUUGGUUAAGAGUGAAAAAUCGACUUCGUAAAAAACCUAUUUUAUCCGUCACCACACUACCAACCACGGUUGAAACAGAUGAGGCGCUUCGAGCUUUAGUUCGUUGGACACAAUAUGCCUUUUUUCCGGAUGCUAUAAAGUCACUUUCAAUGGGUAAACCCGCCCCGGUUUCCUUGAGGAAAUUAACUCCGUUCUUAGACGAGGACCAGUUGCUCAGGGUGGGUGGUCGUUUAAACUACUCAAGUAUACCCUACCAUGAAAAGCAUCCUCUUUUACUACCCAAAAUGGCACGACUAACGGAACUACUAAUAAACCACAUCCACAGAACAAACGGACAUUCAGGACAACAAACGGCUCAAAAUUUAUUAAGGCAAAAUUAUUGGAUACUCUCAUCAAGAAGCGUAAUCAAGCGCAAACUGCAUCAAUGUAUCCCAUGCUUCAGAGCAAAACCUCGGCCAUCUCAACCAAUAAUGGUACAAUGUGGUGACGUAGUGCAUUUUAUCCCGGGGUGUCCCAACGUCUUGCAAGCUAAGCCUAACUGCCAAAAACCAGUUGCUUACUUGGGACGUAUAUCCGCCGUGCUUAGCGGUAAUACCGCGAUUAAUAGCCGAUGGGUACCCGAAGACGUUCAUCGUAUCCUCUAA